AUGAUGCCCAGAAACAACUCGCUGGUGUACAAUGGGCUGGCCCUACUGGCCUCCCUGCCCUUAACCUUGGCUGCUCCCAACAGAAUGUUCGCUCAAGCCAACUCAUCCGUGCCGGUGGUCAGUCACCCAGCUUCGCUGUCACAUGGACCGUAUAGCGGAACCCCUACCGUCACAGGGGCACUUAAUGCCACUUCGAUUGGACCUGGAAUCUCCAGCCUAGGAGUUCCUCCGGCAGCUACCACCUACCCCAGUGACGGGCAGCUUCAUAAUCCAGAACCCGGUCCAUAUGUCCCCGCUGGAGGAGUCGGGACAAACGGAACGACCCCGGUAUACAACGCCAAGAGUGAUUUUGAUUAUGAGUCUUUGGCCCUUGCUCUCUAUCAAGAAUACAUCGAGCUUGACCUGUUCCACGACGGGCUGGCUCGCUUCUCCGCGGAAGACUUCACUGCAGCCGGACUGACCGCCGAAGAUCGCUAUCUAAUUCAAUUCAUGGCAGAGCAGGAAGUCGGACAUGCCACCAUGUUGACCAACAUCCUAGGUGCCAACGCGCCCAAGCAAUGCACCUACAACUAUCCCUACACCACCGUGCAAGAGUUCAUCGACUUCUGCCAAAAGCUCACCCGCUUCGGAGAGUCCGGGGUCUACGGCUUCCUGGGUCAUCUGGACUCGCGAGAGGCGGCAACCCUUCUGACGCAGUCGAUCACCACCGAAGCUCGUCAGCAGAUGAUCUUCCGCCAAUUCGAAGGCCUCUUCCCCAUGCCCGUCUGGUUCGAGGCGGGAAUACCUCAGUCCUGGGCCUGGACAUUGCUAGCACCAUACAUCAGCUCCUGUCCCAGCGGCCAGACCCGACUGGCCUGGCAGAACUUCCCAGCCCUGCACAUCUUAAACCAACCGAACCCGACCCGUAUCGACGGGGGCUCUGCAUUCAACGAGACCUCCGGCGGUGGCAUGAACCCCUUGACCAACUCAGGCGUCCCCGAGGCCCAGUCAUGCGUCAAUUCCACCGUCGCAGGCACGAACUGCAGUCCUGCCAUCACCCACAACCGCACGCAGCCGCUCUCCUACCCCGGCCGCUCCGUCUCGCUCACCUGGGAUGCGCCAGGCGCCGCGGUCGGUCCGAACAACAGCUACGUGACGUCGUCGACGGCCGGGCAGCCUAAAUUCGUCGCGUGGGUCACGCAGUUGAAUGUGACUUAUUCCGCAUUGAACUCGAACGGCAGUGGUUCGCGAAGUGGCACGACUGUUCAACCGGACCUGCAGACGUAUGCUGGCGAUCCGGCUAUCAAUGGGACCGUGUUUAUUGCCGUCACGGACUCGGAUCUGUACUUGACGCCGUUCAAUCUGAGCAUGAUCAAUCCGCAUGUGGUUGCUGGACCGGCUCUCUACCAGGCUGGUUAG